CGUUCGAACAAUCUCAGUCUGUUUAUACCGGAUAUUAUUUAAGAUAAUGAGAAAAAACAAGGAAAUAUAAUAUGAUGAACAAUUAAAAUUUUUCGAUAACUAAAUAUAUUCCGUUGUUGAAGUUAUUAACAAAAUGUGUUAAUUUUUGCAUUGUAGGAAGUACAGUAUCAGUGACGAAGAAAAAGAUCAAAUUGUUUAUGUAUGUUAAAAAAGGCGAAUAUUCCUGGUUGAAAUAUCUUACAUUCCAGUCUGUCAUAUAAGGAAGAUACAUCUGUCUUUAUUGUCAUCUGCGUUUAAAGAACAGUUAGCUUUCACACGAAGUAAUGAAUGUCCACAAACAGUUAUCAAAAUCACUUUGGAGAAGACCUGAGAGUUCCGGACUGAUGAAAAACUUAACACUUAUAUGGCUUGUUCAAAGUUGUACGAUUGUGGUUUCUAGCAAAUUAUGCCCAGUAGACCCACUACGUAAAUGUACACACUUGUCACAAAAAUUGGAUUGUUCUAACAGAAAUAUAACAGAAAUUCCUGCAUUACCAAAAAAUUUAACUGAAAUAAACCUCAGUGGAAAUAUGAUCAAAAAAGUAUCGGAUGACGUUUUCCAUAACAACAAUCGACUUGAAUUGUUAGACUUAUCACACAACCUUAUUUCUAAAUUACGUCGACGAUCAUUUUCGGGACUAUUGAGUCUUAAAAGACUACUUCUAAAUAACAAUCAUAUAUCAGAUGUACAUGAUAAUGCUUUGAAUAUAUUGAAGAGCUUGCUUGAACUUAACUUUAAAAUGAACCCGUAUGACUCAUUUGGUUUGAACUUCACGGGAAUUUCGCUUAUAACAGCCAAAUUAGACUUUCGACAACCGAACAAUUUGACUAGAAGUUUUUGGAGCAUGCCGAAACUCAAGAAUAUGGAUGUAUCUGGUUUGACUGGUAUUUGUAAUGUUAAAACGCUAACAGCAGAAGUGUUCAAACUUUUACCACAACUUGAAACAAUAAAUAUUUCGGCAUGCUCUAUUAAUUAUAUUUAUAAAGGGACAUUUCGCAAAUUAAGCAAUCUAAUCUAUCUGGAUGUGUCGUUAAACCGAUGUUUGAAGUUUUCGGGCCUAGAAAAUAUUACCAACGAUCUGCCUUAUACAUCAAUUAAAACAUUGAACAUAAACAAAAUUCAUCAAGCUUUCGAACUAAAUACGGAAAUAACAAUUAAACAUUUUCAGAAUCUCAAAAAUACAACCCUAGAAACUUUAUUCAUUGAAGGCAAUAGAAUCCAACUUGUUGAACCUGGAGCGCUUUUGUAUUUACCAAAAACGAUGCGAAACGUUUUCGCGGCGUACAAUCAAUUUUCUUUGGGAGGAUAUAUUAAAGAUGUUCUCAAUACCUCUAUAUACUUUGUGAAUGCAUCAAAUAUGUUUAGACCACAAUAUCCUAUCGAAAAACCAGAAAUAUGUGAUUUUGUUGAAGAACAGUGUAUUCGAUCACGCGACGGGCAUAAACGAUACUUGCAUUCGUUUGCACAAGAACAGAACACAAUUCCACCUUAUAUAUCGGUCCCUCCAAAUAUGACAAAGGUUAUUUACAGAGGUUGUAGUUUACGAUUUGAAAUUCCUCUUCUUCUUAUUUCAAGCAAUAAAGUGAAAUAUAUUGACGCUAGCUUUAAUAUAUUUCACUCUUGGAAUGGACCAGUGGUGUCGUUCAACUACAUUGAGUACUUAGAUAUGUCGAACAAUUUUUGUACAAACGUAUCAAAUAACUUUUUCAUGAGAGCUCGAAAUUUGAAAUAUCUUUACGUUCAAAAUAAUCUACUUGGAUUUGUCUUGCCAAAAGAUACUUAUGGCGCAAUACUACGAACUGUUGAGAAGCUUGAAGUUAUUAACUUAUCGUUUAAUAGAAUCCAACUGCUUCCAUGGAUGUUUUUCAAACAGCAGAGAUUGCUACGCAAGUUGAAUAUAAGUAACAACAUGUUAGAUGAUAUCACAUUUGAUAUAAGUCAUAUGGAUCACUUGAUAUACUGUGAUAUAUCAAACAACAGACUGUCAUCUCUACCUAAUAGUUUCCGUGAUCAGCUGAAAGAUAAAUUGAAUCAGAAUGGGAAACUAAAAGUUGACAUCAGUGAAAAUAAUUUUCGAUGCGAUUGCGACAACCUUGACUUCGUUCAAUGGGUUUCAAUAUAUCAUACACAUCUUGUCAAUUUACAUUUAACAAGCUGCUAUCUUAAAAAUAGAACGAUAGUUAACAUGGGUGAAGCACAAUUUAUAUACGAUGUACUUAAAAUGGAAUGUUCAUCAUAUACUGCUCUGAUCAUAGGAAUUGUUAUACUCAUGGCAUUUUUUAGUUCAAUAAUUUUCUGGGGUUUGAUAUAUAGACACAGGUGGAAAAUACGCUAUUUAUACUAUAUAUUCAAAAAUAAAUACCAAGGAAAUAUAAAAACGCCAAUCCAUACCGAUACUCAUGAAUAUGAAUACGAUGCCUUCAUUUCCUACGAAGAAAAUGACUCAAAGUUUGUCCACAAUAAUCUUCUACAUAAACUUGAAAGAGAAGGAGGACUAAAACUAUGCAUCCAUAAAAGGGACUUUAUUCCAGGAAACGAUAUUGCGGCUAAUAUUACUUCAUCUAUUCAUGUUAGUCGUAAAGUAAUACUUGUUAUGUCAUGUCACUUUCUAGAAUCGUACUGGUGCAUGUUCGAAUACAACAUGGCAAGAAUGGAAAGUAUCUAUUCUAGAGAUAAAGAAAAUAUUUUAUUUAUGAUUUUCCUGGAACAAAUUCGACCUGGGCAGCUACCUCUACACAUUCUAGAACUUGUACAAGAUCAGUCUUACAUUGAGUAUCCUAAUGAUGAAUAUGGCAACACAGUAUUUUGGGAAAAAAUGAAAAAGGUUCUGUCGUACUGAUACAGAAUGAAAAUGGAUUGUUUGACUUUCUAAGGAUACGAACAUUGAAAUAGUUAACAAGAAAGAAAGAAAAGAAAGAAAAUCCAGUGAAAAUUUGAAUUAUCAACUUCUAUGUGCAUAGUUCUGGACUUGUUUACAUGCUUCCUAAUUUCUUUCUCUCUUUAAUCAAAUCUACUUUCCUUUGAUGAUUUCAAAACAUCAUUUCCGAAAAUACUGUGCUCAACAACUCGAAAAAAACUCGGAGAUAAAUUGAACGUCCAUGAUUAAUUUGGUAAAAAUCUUCUGCUUAAUGUCUACUCUUGUAACCCCAUGGGUUAAGUAGGGUAAAGCAAUAUGGUUAUAUCUCUUGAUCGUUUUUCGACGGCGAUCAGCAGUAAAUCCCUUGCCAAAAUGGGGCGUCAUUUUGGUUGUGCGGGAUGUAUUAAUUCGCAGCCCUGUAUAUUUAGAAUGGCGAACUUACAUCCGAACUCUUCACGUGGAGAAUCCUUGCAACAACUCAAUAAAGGAUCAGUACGUAAGGUUAAUGUUUUGUCCCUAUCCAAUGUAUCUUCAUUUUCAAGUGUCAUUCCAAAUUUUCUAUCGGCCCAUUCAAUCCGGACGACCCCUGCUAGCAUGACCUACCUUUUGUUGUUAUUGUUGAUUUGUUCCGUCCUUGUAUCCGUCGUGUUGCUCAUGAAAGUACAAACGAGGUGAUGAGUCUUAUCAAUUAGUAAAUAUGAAUAAGUAUGCGUCAAAUUCAUCUGUUCUCUUGUUGGUUAUCCCUAACACAUCUGCACUGAAGUACGGAAGGAAAGUACGUUUGAUUGAAGAAAAAAGAUUAGAAAGCCAUAUUAUUAAGAUAUGCAAACAAGUCUAGAAGUAUGCGACUGUCAUACAAAUGAGAGGUUUAGCUAGUAUAAAACCAGGUUUAAUCCACAAUCAGAAAAUGCCUGUACCAAGUCAGGCAUAUGAUAGUUGUUUUCGUUUGAAUUGUUUAAGCUUUUGAUUUUGCCAUUUGAUAAAGGACUUUCCAUUUUGAAUUUUCCUUGGAGUUUGGUAUUUUUGUUAUUUUACUUUUUGAACAUUUCUUUUGCACGCUCAGUAUCGUAGAAUGUAUUAUGACACUUUGUUAUAGAUAGUUCAAUCUAUAACGACUGACGUUGAUUGUAAAUAAUGUAUUCUUAUAUUUUGGAAUCUAUAUAGAACCACUAUCUCAACAGCUAACCAGAGGCGCGCUCAAUAUCGUAGCUGCUACGUUGGGUUUCGCAGUUUUUCACUGCUGAGCGUAUAGCUAGCCUAGUUGCUACAUAGAUCAGGAUGGCACAAAAUAUUCAUGCUAGCUAGAGAAUCCAUUAUGACGUAAGAGAAUUUAAAAUGACGUCAUACAUAUUUAAAAAAAAAUUAAAACAUAUAAUAAAGAUAUUUAUAUAUGUUAUUGCAAGCGUACAAUAUUUGUACAAAGAUUUACACAAUGUUCUAGCAGAAAAAAAGAGUAUUCCAUUCAGCAGAACAAUUUUACAAUCGACGCAUUUUUGAAAGCGAGCUAUAUAUGAAGAUCAGUGUAGCGUGUCGCUCAACAUUGAUAUAUAUCUAGGGCAUGGCGGCUAUGCUAGCUGAUAUGAUAUUGAACACAAACAGUUUUUACUUGCACUGACAUCAUAUGGGCAAUAGAUUGACCAUUCCCGGUGAUUUACGUUUAUGAUGUUACGUUUUGAAAUAUACUAUAAGGUGUUAAAGUAUUGUGAGCGGAUUUAUAUUUUCUGUAAGCAGAGCAACUGCUAAAUAAUAUUUUUACUUCACUGAUGUUUGAUUUAUUGAUAUUUCCAAGAUUUAGGAAAAAAUGGCCUUCAAUAGUUUCAGAUCCUUUUUGGUUUGAUGUACAGAGGGGCAUAUUAUAGGUUGCAUAAAAUAUCGAUGAAACGCAAAUUUUUAAUUUUAUUGAUUUUGAACUAUACGUACAUUUGAAUAUCACUUUGGUAUCUUUCGCCUCUUUUUUGCAUACACUAGGAUCAUUCGUCAUCAAAAUAUUUCAUCUUACUGUGCUGUGUAAUCUAAUGUCUUAAAUAUAUGUCAUUACAAUUCCCUAAACAUAUCACUAGUAUAACCUAUAUUCAUUAAUUUCAUAGUAUAUGCAUUUCCAUUCACUAUCUAAUUCAGAACACAUUCACAACUCGAGUAAUCUUAUAAUUUCUCUAUUGAUAUUUGAUUUUUGCUGACGACUUGUUUCAAGGCGUUUAGAGGAGUUCAUCUACUAACUUUAUGUCAUGUAAAUUUGCUAGUGUCAUAGCUGCGAUAUUUGUUCAGUUUGUGACAAUGAUUUUCCAGAUAUUUAGUUUAUAAACGUAGCGGCAAACACGACGAAUUAGGAACUAGACUUCUGAAUGAAAAAAAUACCUGCUGGUAUAGGGAUGUAUAUUUACCGUAGUCAAUCUAAACUGACACUUGUGUAUCAAGUUAAUUGUUUAUUUGUUGUAUUCUUGUAUGUAUGUAUUUUAUUUGUUAUUGCUCGACCCUUAUGGGUUAAUAAAGGUCUGUAUUGAGAUACAAA